AUGUCCACCAUCAACCCAUUUUUCCAGGAGGCUAUCAAGGUAACUCCACAAGGCUCCAACAAAUAUAGCGCCUUCCUUCAACCAGAAUGGUGCAUUGGAACCGUCCCGCACGGCGGCUACACAACAGCUGUAAUCUACCAACUAACCCUAACGCACUUCGCGCACGCCCACCCUAAGCUAUACCAAAGUCCCGCGUCCCCGAUCUCAAUCCAACUCUCCUUCCUCCGACGUACAGCCACAGGCCCCGUAACCUUCGAAAUUGAAGACGUUAAGAUCGGCCGUCGGACAAGCACAAUCCACAUUAAGCUACUGCAAGCUUCCGAAAAGAAACCCGGCGAGCUGGAUCUCAUGCUCGCUGGUUACAUCACAGUCAGCCCGCCGGACGCGGAGGUCGGUAUUAGCGCGAACACAGGGUGGAAGCCUCUCCCUGCCCCGGCGGCGGGUUCGCGCGCGGAUGGGUCCGUUGAUCUGGCUGCACUAGGUCGGACAGGCAGUGACGGUGUCUGGAGGAAGCAUGUGGUGCCUUUUGCGACGUUCCGUAAGGCUACGGCGCAGAUUGAGCUAUUUAGUCCUGUUGAUGAGAUACAGCGGAAGCGCUCUCGCCAUGCCAUUACCGAUCAGUGGACAAGGUUCCGGCCUGGGGGUGAUGUGAAUGGUCGCUGGACCGAGGCUGCGGUGGCAUAUCUUAUUGAUACGUUUCCCAUGGCGCUGGAUGGAUUCGAUGCUAUGUCUACUGCUGCUUCGAAGGAGAGUGGAAAGCCGGUUGCUGAGCAGAAGGCGAGCUCUUGGUAUCCCACUGUUACGCUUAAUGUGGAUAUGAAGAAACAUCUCCCUGCGGAGGGGGUGGAGUGGCUUUAUAGUCGGGUUGUUACUAAAGCCGUUAGGAAUGGGCGGACGGAUUUGGAGGUUACGGUUCUUGAUGAGGCUGGGGAUGUUAUUGCGGUGAGUACGCAGGUUGGGUUGGUUGUUAGUGCUAGCCGGAAUGUUGGAAACAGAAAGUUGGAGAAGUUAUAG